AGUUUCUUAGGCCAUUGAAACAUCUUUUGGCUCAAUUUCCUCGCUCCAUCACGUCCCGGAUCCUGUGACCCAUGAACAUCGUACAAAUCAACCGCCUUCUAACAAGCCACAUUAACCUCAAGUGAUUUCUAUUUUCUUACGAAUCGCGAAAGAAGUAAUUAGUGUGUUUAUAUCGACGAUAACGAAAAAAAGAAAGACAAGGAAGAAGAAGAAGAAGAAGAAGAAAAAGAAAAAAGAAGAAUUUUCCAAGAGCUUAGGCGAGAAGAAGACAAAGGUUUAAGAGCUAUAGUAAUCUAACUAGUGUACAAAGUAUAUCUGAAAAAAAUAAACUAGACGAGACUAGGGGAAUAAAAGGAAAAAGGAGGAAAAACGAGAAAAAGGAAAACUAAACAAAAAGUCCGCCAGUGCCAAAUCGAGAGGUGAAACGAAGUAAACGAGAACGAUUGUACAUUAAAGAAGAAAUAACCGCGAGGAAGAUAAAAGGGUGAAACGAGGAAGAGGAAGAAGGGGAAAGCAGGAAAAGAUAAACGAACAUCGCGCGAAACGACAAACCGUAAACCAAAGAAUCUACCAUUUCAUUUUUUCUACUAAUCAACUCAGCAAGUAACGAUACUCAACUAACUCAGCGAGGACGGAGCGAGAUUAAAUUAAGCGAACAUCGCGAGGACAAACGGAAAGAGAAAGCAAAUAACAGAAAGAGAAAGGAGAAGGCAAGAAACAUAUAGCCAAUCGACAAAGUGUUUUCUAAGCGAAUAACGACGGAAGUCCAACUUACACAUUUAAGCAUUAUAAAUGUAAGAAUUUCGAACAAAUUCACACCAUUCUUUUUUUCUUUCGAGAGGCCGCACCGACCAAGAGCAGUCCCAUCCAAAGCGAGAUAGCAUCAGCCUGCGUAUUCAGAGGAAAAACAAAAGGAGACUCGCGCGUAAUUACUCCCAGAGAAACCGAUCUACUUCAGUUCGUAGCCUAAACCUGUUGAGUACAAACGACAGAAAUAGAAUUAUAGAGAAAAAAAAUUGCGAGAGAGAGAAACAGAAAGAGAGAGAGAGAGCGAGAUUGAGCGAAAGCGAGCGAGCGAGCGAGAGAAAAUUUACAACAAAAACUACAGGAACACAGUGAGAACGAGCGAAAGAGACAGAACGCGAGUGUACGAGAGAAAAAAGAAGAAAGAAAGAGCAACUAAUAAACAGGAAGAGACUAAAAGGCAGCACACAAUCUAUAUAAAUUUAAAGAAGAAUAAAAGACUCAGGAGAAACGCGGAAAGCAAACGAGACCUAAACCUAACCCAGUGACUUCCGGAAAAUCCAGAAGACGAACGCCGUCAUUUCGUCAAAUGUUACGGGUUUCAACUACGAGCAGUCGAAUGCCCGUGAAUCAUCGUGAUUAAUAAAUAUUCCUGAUCGCGCUGUCGUUCAAUACCAAGCUCUCGACGCUGAGUCGAAGAGCUUAGAAGCAGCUGAUCUAGAUACAUCGAGGUUACUCCGUAUCGAGUUUCCAGGAUCGUAUAGUGAACGGUGAACCUCGACCUCCCACGAUCAGGGGGAGGCAAAGAGUCGCGAUGACGUGGCGGGGAAGAUGAGCGCGGAGGUAACGAAGGAGGUCGUCGCCACCGAGAGGGUAGCAGGCAGCCCUCCGGCGGCGGUAGCGACCUCGCCAGGCACGGUCGGACCGGGUGAUCCGGCUCGUCACCUACCGCCGUUCAGCAGCUUCGCCGGGGACAACGCGAUGGAUAGCUCAACGACAUUGACUACCCUUCAUCCGCAGGACGUCGGUCUCGGGCUUACGUCCUCAUGGGACUACUACGAGGGACUGACCGGCCGGUUGAUCGACUCGCGGGGCGAGGUGGUGCUCGCCAGCCAGUAUAGGCCGUGGGAGUCGAAGAACGCGGCAGGCGGCGGAGGCGGUGGCGUCGUCGCGCCCGGCGGCGAAGGUUUGCCGAGCUUCGCGAGUCAAUUCACCGCUCCCAGCGAAGCGGAGCCCCAAUUAACGGCGCUCACGCCAUUGUCGCCCGCCUCGAUAUCGCACUCACCACCUGUCACGUCCGCGGUGGGCCUACCAAGUUUCCAUACGCUUGGCACACCGCUGCCCGCGCCUCAUCCUCAUCGAGGCAGCGUCGGCUAUCCGUUGGUACCCGCACCGGUACAGGCGAGAGAGGUGCCGGCCCUUCAGCAACAGCUACUCGAUGAAAGGCACAUACAAUUACUGGGAUCGAGCCCGGUGCAGGCAUUCCCGCCGCCACCGCCGGGACAUCCUCAUCACACUGUGCUCACGGUGGUCAAGCCCGAGUAUCCGCAGCUCCAUCACGCGAACUUCCAGAACCCGAUGUCCACGGUGCUGGACUCUUCGCCCACAUCUAGGCCGAUCGGGAUCGACGGUAGGAAAAAGGAGCGCAGAAAAAUACGGGCCGGCUCGAUGGAGUCUGAGGACAGCGCCGGAGCCGGGAACGUCGAGAGUUCCGGCCAAGUGGCCGCGGUCUCGUCCACCGCGAACAGGGGACCGCAUCAUCUCGGGGGCGGUAUGGUCGACGCCGACGGGGACGGCGGACUCAACGACAAGCCGGCCAAGAAAAAGCGGAAACGGUGCGGAGAGUGCAUCGGUUGCCAGCGAAAGGACAACUGCGGCGACUGCGCGCCCUGCAGGAACGACAAGAGCCACCAGAUCUGCAAGAUGAGGCGGUGCGAGAAACUCACCGAGAAAAAGGUAAGUGAAAAUGUUUUCAUUGAUAGAUGGGUUAUCUUUGUGGCUGACUGUCUUGGCGACCGAAUGGCGGAUUUUAGGUCUAUUUUUAAAGUAAAUCUGAAUUUUGCUGUUUCAUGUUUUGGUAUUGGCAAGGCUUUUUAUUCAAGUAUCACGUUGUUGCAUCUGCAGAUUCAUUACUUAUUGUUAAUGUUUUGCUUGUAG